UUAAAUGUGCUCAAGAGCAGGUUGAACUGGUCCGACGUCAACACCCCCUCGGUUCACAGCCAGUCACCCACGCUGUCACACAGGUACCAGGGACAGGUGUGUGUGUGCAGUGAUUUCAAACAGCGGAGGACACUUCAGGCUGUCGGCUGUAUUCUCGCCAUCACCGCCGUGAUAUGAUCCAUCCUUUUCCUCUCCAUUGAAACACAGACACGCGUAGAAAUGGAGCAGACGAGAAUCCAGCAGGAGAAGCCAAAGAAGCCCGUGGAGGAGAUGAUAGAGGAUGAGUUCCUCAAAGACCUCUACAUGUUCAUGCGGAAGAGAGAGACGCCGAUAGAGAGAAUCCCAAAUCUGGGCUUCAAACAAAUUGAUCUAUUUGUGAUGUUCAAGAUUGUCAAAGAUUUAGGUGGCUACUACCAGGUGACCGGCCAGCAGCAGUGGAAGCAGGUGUACAACACGCUCGGGGGGAACCCUCGGAGCACCAGCGCGGCCACCUGCACCCGCCGGCACUACGAGAAGCUACUUCUGCCCUUCGAAUGCCACCUGACCGGCAAACAGGUGAACUUGGUGCCUCGCACGCCGCCGAAGCACUUCCUCUACGCCAACUACAACAAGGAGCAGGACGACGGCCAGGGGCCCCGGAAGCGCAGACUGCUCUCCGUGCCUCUGCUCCAGAACCCUCAAAUGCUCCAGUCGGACUUGCGUGAGCCCGUCUUCCCACUGACGCCCUACUACGCUCACCAAUUUCACCCCAGCCACGCGGUUCUGCCCCCCCAAAUGCCCAGCUCCUCCUCGGUGUUGAUGCCACACAGGCCCUCUCCCCCCAAAACCCUGUUCCCCUUCCCUCCAUCUCAUCAAAGCCCAACAGACAGGUCACAGGAGCCCCUGGAGCAGUUGCGCUACCUGGCGGAACAGUACAGGACGACAUCUGGAUUGGCGGAGCCGCUGAACCUCAGCGUCAAGGCGCCCUGGCGGGACGCCGACAGCGUUCCCGCCUCAUCGUUCGCCCCGCCUUCAUCCAACAAGAGCCCCAAGUUCCUGAACAAACCGUCCCCUCUGUACACGCCUCAUCGCCAGCGCGCGGGGAGAGACGCCGGGAGCGAGACGCAGCGCGGCGAAGCGGGAGACGCCUCGUAUGGGCAUCCCGGGAAACCCGGCGAGGCGUACGUCAUCGACUUGGAGGCCACGUCCGGCCCCAGCAGCCCCUCGUACGAGGGCUCGGCUGCGACAGCGGGGACAGACGCGGGCGGGCCGGGAGAGGCCAGAGAUGGGGGUCCAGAUGUCAGGGCAGGGCUCCCCUUCAGUCACCUGCUGCCCAGAAUCUCUCGGGAGAACGGCGGCAAGAUGGAGAUCGAGGUGCCGCUGUCUGUCUUUCACAACUGGCUGAGGCAGUGCGGGUCGUCGGGCGCCGCGCUCGGGGCGAAGCGGCCGCCGACUCUGCCCCCUCGGGAGGGAGGCUUCGAGCCGGGACAUCGCGCGGACGCGGAGUUCUACACCGCCAACCCGACGUUUCACGUCGAUCCCCGACCCCCCAGCUCCGACGCCGAGGACCUGCGGUCGACCCGCAAGGACACGCCAGGCCGCGAGCCAAGACCACUUUGCGGCCUACAGGCAUUUGCUUUUGGCCGGUAUUCUGAAAAGCGCGGCCAGCCAAGACGUCCAUCCGUCGGAUGUUAGUAAGUUGUUCGUCCCCAAACCCCUCAGUGCGUGGGACGCCUACGACCGAGGGACCGAGGCCUCCGGCACCUCGGGGAACAUUGACUCCGCCGCUGCCUCGUCGGCCCGCGACGGAGCCGCGGCCCCGGGGGCGAGGUGGGGGUCGCACGUGGGUCCCUCGGCCGGGGACAGUUCCAAUCCCAGCGCCACCUCUCGGCUUGAGCUCACCAACGAGGAAGUGAUGAAGCUGAGGAGAAUCAUCUCAAGCUCCACGUGAAGAUGAGUUUGGACGAAUAAACUCCAACACCACUUUAAAAGCUCCCCCACGUAGCGUUGCUCUUUUUAUAUACUUUAUUUUAUAUUUCUUUGGAAUUCAGUAGCAUUUAGAUGUCACUCCUGUACAGAAUACUAUCUACAAAUGAUCAAAAUUAUGUGAAAGC